CUGCAAAACUGCACUUACAGGCGGAACAGACAUUUUAUCGUGGAUUUAAUUGUAGAUAAUUUUUUCAUUUUACAAAACAAUUGGAAACCAUAGCAGGUCCGAAUUUAAUGGAUUUUCUUUAUGCUGCAAGUGUUAUUCAAACAAUUUUAAAAACGAAACCCACGUGUGGUAAAAAAAAUUUUCUAUAUAAGUUUUGUUAAAACGUAGCUGAACUUUUCGAAUGAAUUUUGAAGUUAUAUUUAAGCCACGUGGAUAAAGAUUUUUUGUGAUUUGAAAACGAAGCAUAUUUUUUCCUAUUUGCUGGUAUAAAUUUCCUAUUUGCUGAAUAAACAAUAAAUUUAUAAAAGUGACAGUAAAGUCAUGCAUACUAUUUCGGACAUGUGGGAAAGGAAGUUAAGAUUGAGAGAGUUGCUAUACGUAGAUGCUCGAUCAUCGUGUUUGGGGUUCACGAUUCAAAAUGUCCCUCUGUUUUCUACCGCUAAAUGAAUGCGCAAUAGCCUCAGCAGUUUUUUGCUGUCGCAAAAUGAAACGGCGCCAGCAAUUCGACGGUAGUUCCUGAUUGCCGACACUAAUCUCGAGGGCUGAAUAUCGGUCUGUCUAAAUAACAAGUCCGGAAAAAUCGUAGAAUUUUUUUCUUUUAAAAGAUGUAAUUACGAUUUUAAAAAUUUUAAAAUAGCCCCAGAGGUUUGUAGUUUCGCAGCUUUUUGGUGGCCAGAGCUAAAUUCCUCAAAUAGCGUAAACAAAAAAUAAGUAAAUAAAAUCCUUACAUUGGGCCACACAUAUUCCAGCAGCCUUUUUAGUGAUGAGGUAAAAGGGUUGUACUGUAGAGUUAAGCAAUUAUCAAAUAGAUUAAGGUAAUGUGAAAAAAGUUCUGUGCUUCAUUUUGAAGCGGUUGAAACAUGUAAAUAAAUAUGCGGUUCGUGUAAGUUUAUGGAAGACAGACUUUGUUUUGUUAUUGUUGUAUUAUAGUGGCACCAGGUUAGUUGUUAGAACUUUGUGCGGGAGAUCAGGGUUCGAUUCCCCUUGGCAGCGAUUAAAUAUAUUGGAGAGUGAAUGUUACCAUAGCCCCGAGUUAACCUAAGCCAUGUGAGGGAAAUUCAAGAUGGGACACUGCGCUGCAGCUGUUGGAUGCUGUAGGGAGUUGUCUGGUAGCGUGCAGAGUGAAGCUCAAAAUGAGCAUUGAAUACUCAAUAGGAAAUAAUAAAUAUGAUCAAAUACAGUACUGUGAAAAGUUGCAAAGAAUAAUUUGAACAUGGCAAGCCACCAAAUAUAUGGAUCACAAUCACUGUUUGACGAGGAUGAGGCAAAGUCACAAGAUAUUCGUGAUGAUGAAAGUGCUAAGAACAAUUGCGAAGAGAAACCAUUUGAUCACAACAAGCAUUGGCUGUUUGAGAUACAAAAGGACAUUGCUGCAACAGUUCCUUCGAAUACAAAAUCUACCAGACGCAAGUUACCUGUUGAAUGCAUUCGAGAAAACUUCAAUUCUCUUAUCAACCAACUGCAGAUUGCGCAAAAAACCUUACCUAGAGAGAAAUGGUCAAAGCCGGUUACUGUUGACCACACCAUUUCGAUAAACGCAUCUGUAGACUACUUGUUUUGUAAUGACACAAUGAGGUUCAGACGCAAAAUCAAUUUGAAAAACACUGCAGGAAUUGCACAACAGUCAUUCUGUACAGAUCAAUUAUCAAAAUCAUACAACUCACACGAGACGACAAAGUUUCCUUCCAUUUUUUCCAGCCGUUUUCCUAGACGUGCUAAAAUGAAGGCGCAGCAAACAUUGGAGGGCUUGUCUGAUGACGAAUUUGAAACCAAACAACAACAUAAAAAAUCUGGAAAAAUCAUUUUAAUUGAUGCAAGACCGCAGCAUCCAAAACUAAAACUAAACACAAGCAAGAAAAAAUCUCAUUCAAGCAAUGUGGAAGGUGACUGUAGCGAGAUUGAUAUUCAUAGCAAGCCGACUAAAAAACGCAGAGUGGACCAGCAAGAAGAAAGUAAACCGAGCACAAUAUUUUCGAAAACAAAAAACAUACUUUCUGGUUUGUUUAAACAUGAAUCUAAAGAAAACGCAACCUCUAAAGAAGUUAUCAACAUAGAUGAUCCAGAAUCAGGUGAUACGAUUGAAACAAAAGAAGAAAAGGAGGAAGAGGACAGACAUCCUUGUCCAAUGUGUAACAUCCUGUAUCCUGCCAGUGAAAUAAAUGAACAUGCAUAUCAAUGUCAAGGUCCUAGUAUUACUUCGAGGACUAGAUCAAGUGCCAGCCAAAAUAGUUUGUUGGAUUAUUCAGCAGGCCAAGACUUCGACAAUCAUGCAUGGGCUAAAGCAUGUGAAGGUUUAAACGAGACUCCGAAUUCGAAACCGGAUAAAACGGGAUAUAUAGUGACACUAAAAGAUGAUAAAAGAAACGUCUGUCAGAACGAUGCCACAAGGAACAGGAAUCCUUCCCGGUUUUUAAAUCGACCUGAAAAAUCCGAUAAUGCGGAAUCUCACAUGACCGAUUACGAUGAACCUGUAAAAAGAUGGAAAUCAAAGCCAAAAACAUAUGCGGGUUAUUAUCGGAGAGGAAGUGUUAAUUCGAAUAAAACUCUCAUGGAGAAAAGGAGCGCAGUGGAAGAGAGCUGGGUUACCGAUGAUGAUAGCGAUAAUGACAUUUAUAAGGGUUAUGUACAAAAAGGAGCGCCUAAAACGAAGAAAACGAUGUACGCCACCAGUUGUAGGAACUUUGAUGAAAGUCAGGAUGAGCAUGAAGGGAAGGUGAAGUGCGGCCGAUGUGCAAAAUAUGUACCGGAGGAGGAGUUAAAAGUACAUACGGAUGAGUGUUUUAAUAACACCACCAUGGAUUGUGAUGUUUAAUUUUCAAGUGAUGUUGAUUUAGAUAUAUUUUUCUGUAAUAUUCAUUUUUCGUAUCAUACAAAUAAAAAAAAGUCGUUCAGUUAAA